GCUGCUCUAGGACCCUGCGCUGGGGAUCCCUGUAACGGCCACGGACGUUGCCUUGAAACACGAUCAGCAGCCGGUACUUUGGUGGCUAUGUGUUUGUGCGACGAUGGAUGGACUGGUACUGCGUGCAGCCUUGCAGAUGCCGGACCGCAGUGGUCACUCUGGACGGAAUGGACUAGCUGCUCGGUGACCUGCCAGCGAGGGUGGCAAGUGAGGAAACGAGAGUGCCAGGAUUCCAACACCCUGCAGACCGUCAACCCUACCCUAUGUUACGGGUAUGCACAAGAAUUUGCAGUCUGUGAGCUCCAAAAUUGUCCAGCCUUGGGAGCAUGGGGGGAGUGCUCGGCCCACACAUCCUGUGGACAAGGCACCAAGGUAAGAAGUCGGUCUUGCAGUAACCAAGGCACGCCGGGUGUAGACAGAUACUGCCUAGGCUCCAGCCAAAAAACUGCUCCAUGUUACAGUGUAGCCUGCGUUGGUCUCCUCACACUCAAAGGAGGCGUCAACCCCGGUGAAGGACGUAUUGAGCUGCUCGAUGACAUUCGAAACAGAUGGACACUGAUCUGUGCCAAUCAGAUGACCAAAUUCAUCGCAGACCUGGCUUGCAGACAAGCAGGCUGGCCUGGUGGAUAUGCAGCUGUAAAGGAUGGCCGUUUCGGCAAAGGGAACGGACAGUUUGGUCUCAGUUCUAUCAACUGUGUGGGCACAGAACGAUCGCUGGCUGCUUGCCAACACAACUCAUGGAUGCAGGAUACUGUUUGUUCUGAUGGCUCAGUUGUCCCUGGAGGCGUCCAGUGUAAUGUCAACGGAGUCUGGAGCCUAUGGUCGGAAUGGAGCGGAUGCAGCGUUACCUGUGAGAACGGCACGCAGACUCGAACCCGCAAAUGUGACCAUCCAGUACGGAUGUAUGCUGGGCAGAACUGCAAGGGCCCGGAUCUAGAAAAUAAACCUUGUAGUCUGCCGAUGUGCCCAAUUGCUGGUGUCUGGAACCAGUGGUCCGACUGGUCAAGGUGUUCAGUGACCUGUGCCUUGGGUUGGCAGUGGAGGAACCGGACCUGUGAUGGGCCUUACUACUCUGGGGCACCUUGUGAGGGCAACAGCAACGAGACCCAAGCUUGCAACCCAAGACCUUGUCCCGUGGACGGAUUCUGGAAAGAAUGGCAAAGUUGGGCAGCCUGCAGCCUCACGUGUGGUGGAGGGACUCGAGAACGCACCCGCCAAUGCAAUUUAGGUCAAUAUGGUGGCAAAAACUGCACGGGGAAUUACAGCGAAACGGAACCUUGCAAUCAACAGAACUGUCCAGUUGAUGGCGUGUGGGCAUCUUGGUCAAGCUGGGGCACCUGCUCUUUAACCUGCGGCAGUGGGAUUCAGUCACGAUCCAGAGUCUGCCAAGGUCCUUACUACGGCGGUGCCAACUGCACAGGACUACAGGAAAACAAGCAGGCCUGCAACACACAGCCCUGUCCAGUGGACGGUGUCUUCGGCGAGUGGACAACAUGGACAACAUGUACUCUCACGUGUGGGGCAGGCACACAAGUGAGAACCCGGUCCUGCAUUGGCCCAUAUCACGGUGGCAGAAAUUGUCAGGGAAGCUUCAACGAAACACAGAAAUGUAACGAGCAACCGUGUCCAAUUGAUGGUUACUACAGCGAGUGGAGCGAGUGGAGCCCCUGUACACUGAGCUGUGGAAGCGGGAGCCAGCAGAGACAUCGAACCUGUACACCGCCCUUGUUUGGAGGCACGGACUGUCAGGGACCAGCAAGUGCGGUGCAGGCUUGCAACACUCACCACUGUCCGGUGGAUGGCUUCUGGUUAAACUGGUCCCCAUGGUCGGCUUGUAAUGUGACGUGUGGUGGAGGACAUCAGAGGAGGACCAGGACAUGCCAAGAACCUCAGUACGGAGGACUUCCCUGUGUUGGAGUAUCAUCGGAGUUCCUGACGUGUGGGGAAAUCUCUUGUGAAAUUCCGGGAGAAUGGUUCCCGUGGAGUUCUUGGACCUUGUGUACGGUGACUUGUGGAGGGGGAACCAGACACCGGAACAGAGUCUGUGACAUGAACUCUUACAAGGAACUGACGGCACCGUGCCUUGGUGAAGCGCAGGAGACUGUCAGCUGUCACACAUUUGAUUGUUUGCCGCUGGCCCAUUCGUGCACAGAGCUGGGAGAAAGGGGCUUUAUUGACAGCGUCCAUGCGCAGAUCGACCCUGAUGGACCCGACCUGUCCAGCCUGGACCCCGUCACUGUCUUCUGUGACAUGGUUUCUCACAAGGGGAUACGGGGGCACGAUCAGGAGGAGCGACUGAGGGUGCAAGGCUACGAAGGAGCCAUGGAGUUCGAGAGGGUGCUCACCUACAAUGUCAGCAGCUUCGAGCAUGUCGUAUCAGUAGUUGACCAGUCUGGCCACUGUGAGCAGUACAUCAGCUGGGAGUGCUAUGCUGCCCUCAUGCACAACUCCAAGGACAACAACCGGAUGACUGGCUUUAAGAACAGGGUAUUCGCCGAUUACUUUGGAGGUGCCAAGCCGGGAUCGCAGGGAUGUGCCUGUGGGAUGAACCACACCUGCGCCGAUCCAACUUUCCUAUGCAACUGUGACUCCAACGAUGAGGUGUGGCGUAAAGACGACGGCUACCUGACCUACAAGGAGGAUCUGCCAGUCUACUCAUUCGUGGCCGGCGACACAGGAGGACAAGAGGAGGAGGGAUUUUCCCAGAUUGGACCACUUCGGUGUCAAGGUCAUGCCGGCUCCAACCCUCAGGCCCCUUAA